AACUACCUUCCUAAACAAUUUGUUUGUGUUUCGAAAAUGGUGAAAUUGUCGCAAGAACGCGCCAAGGAACUGGCUGAAAAUGCCAGCUUCAUUGCUUCCCCUGGUAAAGGUAUUCUAGCUGCUGACGAGAGUACUGGAACCAUCCAGAAACGUUUCGACAAUGUGGGCGUAGAAAACACGGAAAAGAAUCGUGCCGAAUACCGCUCUAUUCUUUUUACCACUAAAGGGUUAGGAAAGUACAUUUCGGGUUGUAUUCUUUUUGAGGAAACAUUGUUCCAGCAAGCCCCAAAUGGACAGAACAUGGUGGAUUUGUUGCGUGCUGAGGGUAUAUUGCCCGGUAUUAAGGUUGACAAAGGUUUGGUAACCAUUCCUAACACUGAUGAAGAAGUCAGCACCACUGGAUUGGACGGUUUGGCAGAAAGGUGCCAAAAGUACUAUAAUGCCGGUGCUCGUUUCGCAAAAUGGCGUGCUGUGCUGUCAAUUGAUGUUAAGAAGAACAAACCAUCAAACUUGUCAAUACUUGAAACUGCCCACACACUUGCACGUUAUGCCGCCAUUUGCCAGGAAAACGGUUUGGUUCCUAUUGUUGAACCCGAGAUUUUGGCAGAUGGAGACCAUAGCAUUGAGGUUUGUGCCGAGGUUACCGAACGCGUUUUGGCAGCUGUGUUCAAGGCUCUUAAUGAUCACAAGGUUUUGCUCGAGGGUGCUCUACUAAAGCCAAACAUGGUUACUCAAGGUGUUGACUGCAAGGAUAAGCCUGCUCCCCAGACAGUUGGAUUUUUGACUUCACGUGCACUUCGUCGUACCGUGCCCCCCGCUCUCCCCGGUGUUAUGUUCUUGUCUGGUGGUCAAUCUGAAUCUAUGGCUACUCGCCAUUUGAAUGAGAUCAACAAGUGCAACAAACACCCAUGGAGCCUCAGCUUCUCCUAUGGCCGUGCUCUUCAGUCAUCCGUAUUGAAGACUUGGAACGGUUCUAUGAGCAAUGCUGCUGCUGCUCAGGAUGUUCUGAUGAAAUUGGCUCAGCAGAACUCCGAGGCCUCUCUUGGCAGUUUGAAGACCGAUUUAUCUGACGAUGGCGAAUCUCUUUUUGAAGCAAAAUACAUAUACUAACUGACUUCUAUAUGCUAAUGU